UUAAAUUAAAAAAAAAAAAAUGUUUAAUCUCAAAAAUGCCUCAAACGAAUGACUGCACGCAUGCGCAACAUAUUUGCACGCACACUCACGCACCGAUACACACGUUCAUGCAUAAUUUCGCAAAUUUAUUUAUAUACAUAUACCUAUACAUAUAUAUGUACUCGUAUAUAUGAAAACAUGCAAAAAUACAAAAACAAAAAAUUAGAAAAGCGCGAAAGUCGCAAUAGAUCAAUAAACAAUUGGCAUCGUUUAACCCACGCGCUACGACGGUCCUCCACAGGGCACAAUCUCUCGCAGACCGAUGGGAAUAGCACCGAAGAUGGCGAGUCGACCAGCGGCGGCGGUCGCAAUCCGGCCACUACCGGCGCCGGCUGUUACCACAACUAUGAUCAUAUGGCCAAUAUGAGGAAUUCGAAUAUGACGCAUCACUUUCGUCCAUCUGUACCUGAUCAGGAAUCAGUUCCUCCAUAUAGUUAUGUCGAUACGCCGAAUGCCCACCUAACAUCCAUGACGGCCAUGGAGAGCUACAAGCGUGAACAACAGCAGCGUCAAUUGCAGCAGCAGCUGUUGCGCGAACAACGCGAAAAGCUGGAACUGGCAGCGCAACAGGAAGCAGAUGCUGCGCUGCUGACAACAGCGACCGCCACGCUUAUAAGCGUCGCCAAACCGUUGAGUACCACAACGCCAGCUAGCACCAAUGUUGUCGGUGUAGUCACUGCGAAUGGCGGUGCCAAUGUUGUAGCCGGCNAUAAACAAGCACUUAUGCGCACAAACACAUACAUAAAUUAA